GUGCUUUUUCGGUUAAGCAAUGAGCAAUGAGCAUUGAGCCACGACUCACUUUAGAUCUAAUAAUAAAGUUCUUUUAAUCUUAUUUGUCUUCUUCCCCAACAAAUAAGCAAACUAUUCUCUAACGUGCCACGGUUUACAGAAACUGAAUCAACAAACAAUAAUAGCUUUUAUUUGGGUCUGAAAUGGGGAGUUUGAGAAGAGCAUUAGUUUCAGUCGAUCGUCUUCUCCAAUCAUCGGCCGCAAUCCAUCGCAGCUUCUCGGUCGCGGCGGCCAACUCUCUCGUUCCAGCGCCUGAAUCCUUGUCUAGGCCUCGUUCAACCGUUGGUUAUUGUGGGGUUUACCGCUUUUAUUCAAACAAUCACACCAAUUUGCAGUCUUUGAAUAUUGAUCUCUCCAACGAAGAGAGCAAGAAACGCCUCUGUAACAGACUGGUAUACAGGAGCAAACAGAGGGGAUUUCUGGAAUUGGAUUUGGUUUUGGGCAAAUGGGUAGAGGAGCAUAUCAACUCCAUGGAUGAAAAUGGAAUCAAAGCUCUCGUCCAUGUCCUCGACCUGGAAAAUCCAGAUCUCUGGAAGUGGAUAACUGGUCAAGAGCAACCUCCUGAGGCACUCCAAAUUAAUCCUGUCUUUACUGCUCUGCGCGACAAAGUCAUGAACAACCUUAAUACGCAUUCUUCUCCCGAAACACGAGCAAAACCUGGACAACCAUGGGUGAGAGGUUGGGAUGACAUCAAGAGAGCUCGGGACAGCCCUAUUACUGGAAAUCAGUAACUCUGUCAUCCAUGAUUUAUUAAAGUUAGACUAUCCAAUUUGCAUGCAAGAGGUUCUUGUAUAUGUAUCGUAGUUUCCUUAUCUGUUUGCCUUUGUAUAAUUAAGUACAAGUUGAGUACAAAUCCGAAAUAAGUAGUUAAAGACAUUAAUAAUAAAUUGUAAAUUUCAUUCCUCU